AUGAAAAGCAGCAACAUCGGGUCUUGGCUUUUGGCCGGGCUGGCUUUGGCUGGUGUCGAUGCUUGCGGUCACCAUCACCAUCAGGAUGCCCCCCUGUAUACGGAAGAGCAGCUGGCCGAGCUAGAGCGCAAAUGGGGGCAAGACUGGACAUUCACCGGAAUUGGCUCGUAUGCCCAUCUUGACUACGUCAAGUGCCUGACGACACCGUCGGAGCUGUAUGACAUUGCCAUCAUCGGGGCUCCCUUUGACACGGCGGUGUCGUAUCGGCCAGGAGCCCGUUUUGGGCCCCGGGCCAUCCGCCAAGCCUCCAGCCGGCAGUCGGCCAUGCGGGGCUUCAACCACCGGGCGGGUGUGAACCCGUACCUCAGCUGGGCACGUAUCCUGGACUGUGGCGACAUUCCGGUCACACCGAUCGACAACGCGGUGGCGCUGGCCCAGAUGACCGAGGCGUUCACCGAGCUGGGCAGCCGGGCGCCGGCAUCGCCGUCUGUACUGGCGCGGCCUCGGCUGAUCACGCUCGGUGGUGAUCACAGCCUGGCACUGCCAGCGUUGCGAGCGCUGCGCACAAUCUACGGGAAGCCGCUGCGGGUGAUUCACUUUGACGCCCACCUCGACACAUGGCAUCCGUCCAAGUACCCAUCGGCCUGGCCGUCUGAACAGGCGCAGUUCAACCACGGGUCCAUGUUCUGGCUGGCCGGACGGGAGGGUCUCCUGAGCAACGCCAGCAGCGCGCCGUCGGUGCACGCCGGUCUGCGGACGCGGCUGACGGGCGCCGACUACGCCGACUACACCGAAGAUGACGACCAGAACUGGGUGCGGCUGAUCGCGGACGACCUGGACGAUAUGGGCGUCAAGGGCGUGCUCCAGUCGAUCCUCGACCACAUCGGCAACACCGACGACCCCGUGUACCUGUCGGUCGACAUUGACGUGCUGGACCCUGCGUUUGCGCCGGGCACCGGAACGCCCGAGCCCGGCGGCUGGACGACGCGCGAGCUCAUCCGCAUCCUGCGUGGCCUGGAGGGCCUCAACAUUGUGGGGGCCGAUAUCGUGGAGGUGUCGCCGGCAUACCAAGGCGCCGGCGAGGAGACAGCGCUGGCAGCAGCCCAGGUGGUCUACGAGUUCAUCACGUCCAUGGUCAAGCGCGGCAUGGCCGAGAUGGGCAAGGAGGCGGUGGAAGAGGACCUGGCGUUUGUGGACCAGCACGCUGUCAAGGAGCUGUAG